AUGCUAUUCCCAUUGGUUGCAAUAAAACGGAGCCUCGAGGAUAUUGGUUAUCUGGCUGUGGAUGUUUUUACAACUGGUAACAGGGAUGGCGUUCGGAGAACUCUCAUCCUCCUCCUCACAUGUAGCUUCUCCAGCCUCCUGCUCAGCUCCCUGCUCCUCCUGUACCUCCUCUUCACCCUGAACUAUGAGCUGGCAGUAGCCGGAGGGAUUGCCCUCUGCGUUGAGGCCCUACUGACAGUUGCCCUCUUUCUAUCAAAGAGAGUAAGGUGCUUGGGAACUUUAUUUGUGAUCUCCAUUUUCAUGAAGAAGAGUCGGAACCUGCUCUUGACCGCUGGGACCAGUUUGGUGGUUCUUAGAAAUAUCCGCAACACCUUGGAGAACACCACAGGCCUCGUCCGGAGCAUGAUUUGCAACCUAAAGGCCAAGAAAGCAGCCAUCGCCGCUCCGUUCAGUAACUAUGUUAAGAUGUUGAAGUGGCUGGGAAGCAUGCUCAAGGGUGUUACGGACUUAGGCGUGGUGAACCUGGACUCCCAGCUCAAGGUGUCACCCAGACUGGAAUCAGAAAAAUUCAGGUGGCAACUCAGCGAAGCAGAGCAGAAGCUAAAUGACACUGUGAAGUACGUCCAGUCCCUCAUGAGUACAGUCUCCUCUGUGACCGAUAAGAUGUUUCCUGCCAUAAGCUUCCUCGUGCUCAUGCUGUUCAUAGCGCUGCAUGUCAAAAAAUACUGCGGUGACGCCAAAUACCAAAACCGGUUCAUGAGCAGCAAAUUUGUUAGUUUUGAUGAGAAGAGGAAGAAGGAAGGAAAGCCCCAUGUCCUCCCCCUCACGCCAGAGGAAGAGAAGCUGUACACCGGCGUCUCCUCGGCCCGUCCCACCACCAGAGAGGGGAGAGCAAUGCUGAAAUUUGGUGUCCCAGUUGUCUCCCAUUUUGUAACUUGGGUCAUAUUCAUAACUGUGGAUGCCUUAUUGUACUACUUUGUGGAUAUUGUGACAAGAAAGUUAUCAGAGCUGGAACCCUUCCACGUCCCGUUAUUAAUGAGCAUCAAAGGGAUAGCGACAUUAAUAGGCAUACCGUUUGCUGAGGAAAACCAUGAAAAAGACUUCUCCUACUCUGUGACCCUGUUUGAGAAGAAAUGUCUUCCUAAACCCAAGCUGCUGCUCUAUAACUCUGUAGUGCCUCUGGCUGCCAUCCUGCUCACCUUGUUCAUCAUGGCUCUGAUGGCUGCCAAAGUGGCCCAGCUCAGGCUGAUGGUCUGCGAGCGAUUCUUCCCCAGCGCCGCGGAGGAGAGGGUGGAAUACCUGCAUGCCAAAAUCCUGAGGAAGAGAUGCAAAAGAAGGAGGAAGAAAGACAACUGCAGCCUCACAUCACUCUAUUUCAAGCCACAUUUCUGGUGUCCGCUGCUCUUCAAGCCAAAAGGGGAUCGACAAAGUAUCGUGUAAGGCACGGCUGCAUGUUUUUUCUAUUCUAUGAUAAGAAAGCAUAUACGCAAACAUGAGGACAACUUUGAACAAAGGAUUCUACACCUUGAUGAUCAUUAUGACUUUUAAAAUCAACUUUUACCUCAUACAACAAAGGCAAUGACACUUGUGACUUAACACUACCAGUUUAUAUCUUAAGCUCUCCUGUCUGUCAGAGAAUCACUGGUCAACUCUCGCUGUGCCUCUCUCUCUAAAUAAUGUCCUUAAGCUACAGCAGUCAGGGUGAAGACCUGGUCCAAUGACUGCUGCACCUGCAACAAUGUGCUGCACUGUUUGUAGAUCUGUUCAAGGCUU